UUGAACCCACCCCCAACACCAGUGUCCGUCAUUUCCCCAAUUUCUGACCACUCCUGCUUUAAUUAAACUCACGUGUGAAUUAUGUGGUUUAGGAACUGAUUUCCAUAGAAAACGCAAUGCCAGUAUGUAUUUUCUUAUAUUAUAAACUUUUUUAUUUAUUUAUUUUUAAAAUCUAAAAACAGCAAAUUUACGCGGGUUGGAAUAUCAUUUUUGACAACGGAAAAAGCAAGGCGUUUAACCCCAAAAGAAAAACGUUGAAUAAAUCAUUUUCCAAAGAAAAUUACGGCGCCUUUUCCGGGAUUUAAAUGGCAACGCGUUACUACUGGAAACAAUUUAAAGCGUUUUUAAAGACAUUGUCCCUUCAGCGUCAAAUGAUGGAGAAUCUUAUUAUUGCAAGAGCAAGACAAGAGGCGCUUCAGAGGAAGAUGGAAAAGAGGAGGCUGAGAUUGCAGGAGGAAGCCAAUAGGAGCUUUUCCAGUUCUACAUCUCUAACCCCUGAAGAACAGGAGCAAAGACUCCUAUAUGGCAGCAUUCUGGAGUAUGAGCAGGAUCAUGAUUGGCCAAAACAAUGGAAAGCAAAUCUAAAGAAAAAUCCAAAUGACCUCUCUGUGGUGUCUGGUCUUAUCUCUUGUAUCUUCAGCUGUCCAGAGCAUCCUAUAAUGAAGCUCCUGAAGAGACUGCAGUACAGGAUUUACAACAAGCUCUACCCCAUUGUCAGCAAGGUCACGGCCCCUGAGUCACCAUCCACAGCCACCUGCAGGGGGCGCAACAUCAAGUCCUCACAAAGCAUUCACUGUAUGCAAUCAGUUCAGGAAAACAACAAAACAAACAGCAAGAAACUAAGACACAGUCUUUCAGUCACAUCCCUGUCCAUCACUGAAGACUACAAUGCCAACACAUGCGCUAAAGAACAAACACAAACUGGGCAGAGCACUAAAGAGCCCAAGUUGGUAGUGAGCAUGGGAGAUCAGGACAGUUCUUUUGAGGAUUUGGAGCAGUUUCUGUCCCAGUUUGAGUGCCCGUCUGCCAGCCUGCCAGAUCUGUCCAAACCUGCUGUGGAUGUGGAUCCCCUGAUUCACAAACUGGAGGAGGGGGUGCUUCAGGCACACCUCAGGAGCAUUGUGAAGGAUAUCCACAAGUCGAUAGACCGGCUGCUGUCCUUGUAUAUUCUGGCCUUUGAGCCCCUGAACACGACUGCCUCCAAGGACCAGUGCCUCGCCAGCAUCGAGGAGGCUUUCUUCCCACCCAUCUGGCCCUUGUUGCUGGCUCUGUUUAGAAAAGUUUACGGACACAGAGAGUUGGCUUUUGAAAAGAGUAUGAGACUGUACAGAAAUGCCAAGCCUGGAGAUGUGGGUGUUGCGUCUAAACUUUGCCCCUCAGAAUCUGCUUCUGGUUCUUGCCCUUAUGAAUCUGCUGUGCAGGAACUGAGGCUAAUCUCAAAAGAUUGCUGUCCACAAAAGAAACUUGAGUGUAUUGUGCGAACCCUGCGUCUGAUCUGUGAGUGUGCAGAGGAGUACCACUCCUCCCAUGAGCCGACUACCUUGCACAGCUCUGCGGCCAUCGGUGCUGAUGACCUGUUACCCAUAUUGUCCUAUGUUGCCUUGAAGAGUGACCUGCCACAGCUGGUGUCGGAGUGUGCAGCGCUGGAGGAGUUUAUCCAUGAAGGGUAUCUGAUUGGUGAGGAGGGAUACUGCCUGACAUCUAUGCAGAGCGCAGUGACUUAUGUGGAAUCUCUGCAUAAAAGAGACAUUUAUGCUUGUGGGUAUUGAUGACAGAAUACUAAGCAGGUGUCACAAUGUGAGCUUUAGUUGUACUUUUUUUCAUAUGUAAUACGUUUGAAUAUUAAGAAAAGUACUAACAUUAAACACAUUGGGGAAGCAAACAGAAGAAUGAAACCUCCUGCAUCAUCCAUCUGUCUACACUGGGACAAUGCCGACGUUUUCAGAAUGGCUGUAAAUGAAAAGCAGAUUUAAGACUGUUGCCACAAUUGCCACACUAUAAACAUUUAAAGAACAUUAACAUUGUAAAAGGGUUGAUGUUGCAUGUUUGUUGAGUUCUGUAAUCACAGGAUUACUUCAUGUGUCGUGGUUUAUAAUCUGUUUAACGUGGAUGUAAUGCUUUGACUCUCUUUGGUUUUUAACUUACUGUUUCACUCUGUGACUGCUGGAAAUGCACACGUUCAUUUGAGAAAGUGUUUUAAUCUGAGUACUAAUUCACUUGCGCUGUACCCCAGUCAGGCUCCUGUCAGUUAUCCUUAACCAGUACAGUUAAGUUAUUUAGAUUUACCAUUGGCCUUAUUGCUAAUACCAGAUUUUUAGAAACCCAAUUCAUGUGAAGUGGAUCAACACCAGAGAUAAAUUGCUGUAACUUUAUGUAAAUAUUUUUUCAUUCAUUUAAAUGUACUUCUGCUGUAUUAUAAAAAAAUUAGCUAGGGUUUUUUUUUGUUUGUUUGUUUGUUUUUUAAAUCAUGGUUGCUGUGAAAUACAAAACCUAAAUAAUAAAUAUGUCCACAGCACAAAGAAAAUAUUUGGAGAGCACAAAUAUGUGGAUCACAGCAUUCAAGAUACAGCUUCCUAAGACACACAAUGUAUGUAAUACCAGUCCGGAUGAUGAUUAUUAUUUUUUUACUAGUAGCAUGCAAACAAACUGUUUGAACAUUCAGUUAGAAUUGGAUGUUUUGUGUUUUUCUCUACUGUUUUGUGAUAACAUGCUCAUACUAGGUGAAGCUUUUCAGUAAAGUACUGUCACCGUAAAUGCUGUUGUCUGAACAUGUAUCCUAAUUGGUUGUAUUUAAUCAAAAGGCUCUACAAAUGAAUAAAUAAAUAAAAACACUUUGAAA